GAUGACCGGGAACACGUUCUGCAUAGACACAUCUUGGUCCUACCCAAUCUUGCCGGUCGGCCUAAGGCUAUCUUGUGUGCCAUCGACGAGUGGAGUGUAGAGAACAAGAUUUUGAUGACGAUUGGUGUAGAGCGAGGCGACCUGAUUUUCGACAUCAUCUCUGAAGAAGAGCCAAAGGUGAUGGUCGAACUGGGAGAAUAAGUUGGUUAUUCUGCCAUCAAGUUUGGCCAGAGAUUGCGUGACGUGGGAGGUCAGCGUUACCUCAGUCUUGAAGCCAGCCUGGAGUAUGCAGAGAUUGCUCGUUCCCUGAUCAAGCUUGCCGGACUGGAGGAUGUUGUACAGAUCAUUGUAGGACCGAGCUCAAGCUCGUUGGUUGAUCUCGCUCUCUCGGACCCGUCUCCCAAAAUCAAUGUGCUAUUCAUCGAUCAUUCUGGAGGACUCUAUGAGCAGGAUCUCAAGUUGGCCGAGAUGCAUUCGUUGCUCAGCCUGCAAGCCGUCGAUAUCGUAGACAAUAUUCUCGACCCCAAUGCCAGCAAUUACAUGGCCAAGAUGGAUAUUCCUGCCCGGCCUACGGACUUAGAGAACUUCACGGCUGAGGCUACAGAAGAACGCGGAAAGGUCGCUUAUGCAUCUCGGGUUGUCGCUUUCAAGCUGCAAUCAGGCGAACAGGUAAGUCAAAACCAGAUUUCAUUACCUUCUUAGCUGACCCUAUUCUCCCAGGAUGCGAUGAUAAUUUCCAGAAGCGUCUGAGCUAGUAUUCAAAUGGAUGACGAGGGUUUCGAGUGGAAGGCAAGGACUGAUCAACCAAGUGGCAGUGGCAAUACCACUGUGAUCGGCUGAAAGUAAUUGUUCAUUGCAUCUGGGUCCGCUGUACACAGAACGCCGAGUUGUUUUUGGCGUGAUAAAGCUGAGCUAGCGAGCUAUACAAAGAGAGCAUGCUGUCAACAUUGCUGCGUAACGUUCUUUUCAAAAUCGAACAGCUGAGCUCGACUUUUCGGCAUUCGUGCUCGGGUCAAUUCGACGGAGUAACGCGUCAAAACGCGUUGUGAGAUUGAGUGAUGUAUUAUGAUGACGUGAUUCGACACUAGUGCGGCUUAUAUAAGUUUUCGCU